CGCGGUCAGGGUCUAGUGAUCGCUCGGACACCAGUUCAGAUUCUAGCUCUGAAUCGGGCACUGGUGUAGCUCAAGAGGAUGAACAGGUACGAGAAAAAUCAGCUGAAUGCUGUCCAGCAGGCUCUGGAGAGCAUGCCAUAAGUGAAAACGAUCCUGUGAACGUUGCUGCCAUCAACGCUUCGCAAGCAGAAUUAAUCUCUUCUAGUGGGACGUGCACCUCUGAAUCGUCUACUCGUAUGCCUAUGCGCUCAAGAGGUCCAUCCCCUUUGGCGGUCCCCACUCAGCAAGACUUUGUGCACAGAGUCAGCCAUCGACGUGCCGCAGUGCGACUUCGUCAAUGUCUCCAAGAGUCUGAUUCGGAAGACGAGAAAAUCAAGGAAGAAAGUGAUGAUGAGUUUCUCCCGACUUUGCGUACGACACCACGCAAGAAACAUUUCCAGCCUUAUCCUCGUACUCCAUCUUCGAACCGGGACCUCAUAAUGCCUCCGAACUCUUCCACAUCGUCACCUCCGAAAACGCCUCGUAGGUCCAGAAACGUGACGUCUUCGCCUCAGAAAACACCUCGCCGGUCCACCAAGCUGGUGUAUAGUUUCUCCUCAGCGUCCGCAUCGUCAUCGUCAUCCCUAUCCUCGCUAACAUCGCUCUCGUCCUCUCCCUCCAAACCAUCCUCAUCUCCGAGUUCACCCAACUCCCCGAAGCGUCUCGCGCCUCCACGCAACGCACAGAUCGCACUCUCGCCCGAACAGCUCUCCGCCGCCCGCACCCGCGUCGAGUCCUCCCGCUCCCCGAAGUGUCCCGUCGCCUGCGGGUUCGUGCAGAAACGUUUCCGCCCACAGGACAUGCUCCGGCACGUCGAGACGCACCUGCGCGCGAGCAAGGGCGGGUCCGCGUCGCAGUGGGUAUGCCGUGGUGUGCCUGAGGCGCAGGCGGCGCGAUAUCUCGUGAAGAAUUAUGAUUAUCCGAAUGUGUGGAAGGGGGUGCGGAUGGUGGGUGGGUGUAUGGGUGGGUUUAGCCGUAGGGAUGCGCUUGCGAGACAUCUGAAAAACAACAAACAGUUGUGUGUUGGGGAUUUCAAGUACCUGGGCUCCGAUUAGGCGGUGUGUGAUGGGUUAACAGCACAUGAGUGAGCGGAAUAUGCCAUCUGCAAUUAUGCCUAUGACCUUGUAUGAAACCUGCAUCGACUUAUGGAUCCCUCAUGUCUUGCCUAUGUACACCACACCCUCAUGGUAUAUGCACAAUUUCUAUGCAAUUUCUCAUCGCCUUCUGUGCAUUGAUUUGUCCCAAAGACACUUGCCUGCCCCAUGUAAAGUAUACCGAAC